AUGGUACAGACCAGAAAAUCAUUCGGAAACCCGAAUCCAACAACAGCCGAUAGAAAUGUGCGUCAGAAAAGAAGAAGUUUGGAGAUCUCGACUUCUCUCAACUAUCAGAAAGUUUAUCCGGAUUUGAUUGAAACUACGAGUUACGCAACUACAAUACAAACUACAGAACAGCAGGACGAUGACGAUGUCUAUGAAACGGAGAACGAUGAUAGCUUCGCCAGUUCUCAAUGCUCUGACAGGUCGUAUUUGAGUGAUAAUGAUACGUGGAAGUAUGGAUUAGCAGUUAUCGGAGUAAUUUUGGCAAUCGUUUUAGGAGUUUGGAUCACCGGAAUCGGAUCGAAUGGAAAACAGAGCUCUGUUGCUGCUACGUCCUAUCAAAACUAUAUCGACUCGAUACGCCACGUUCUUGAUAGCCCGAAAUUCUCAUCAAUUUCUAAAGACAAUCGUGUUCUUUUGAAGCUUAUCGGCCGAAAAGUGUUUCUAGAACCAGAAAAUCUUGCUCCUUUAGUGGUUCUGGUGGGAGGAAAGACUGCGAAAGAAUUCUGUGAGGCGGUGAAUCAAGUUGUACAAAAAGCGAAAAGUGAGACACCGGCAGGAACUGGAAAUAAGUCGAUUCGAGUAGAAAGUGACACAAAUCGAGCGGAAUUGCAUGAAAACUUGAGAGAAAUUCUCGGGCCAUCACUCAGUUCCCAAUCAUCUCCUCGAAGCGCUGUUGUUCUCGACGUAGAUCUUUUGAAAUGGGAUGCCGUUUUGGUUUUGCAUGCUUUUGCUGAUCACGAGAACUACCCGGUACCGAAGGCUGUUCUGUUUCUCACUGUGUCUGAUGACUCAUCGAUUGACACGACAGAGGAGAGUUGUGACGAAAAAAUGGUUCGAUUCUUGACAAGUCGCUGGAUUGAAAACGGAGGAUCAUCCGACAAUAUUCCGCCAAUUAUUGCACGAAUUUCUUAUUUCAUCUGUGUUUAA